UCUUCCCAGGAAGUUGGAAGAUAUUGUGCUGUAUUUGUUUUAUUUAAUUAGAUAGCCAGCUAAGUAUUAAGUAUUAUAUGGUCAUAUGGCAACAGUUUUAAAAAGUUUAGGACAUAUGUUUUUCUUCAUGAUAUGGGUUGCAAUGUGGUUAACAGAGAGUACAAAUAUUCGCCACUCUGUGGAUGAUGAUAUCUUGUUGCCCUAUGCCAAUUCUCACGGCCCCUCUCAUUCUCAUCGGCAUGUGAGGAGCUGUCAGCCCAUCAAUCACGGCAACCUAACACAGGAAACCUGGUUGUCCAGCAACCGCUCCAUGUCACCCGUGGUGGAAUCUAGGAUUUUUGUCUCAAGCAUCAGCAGCAAUUCAAAGACUCCUAAAUGGGUGAGUGGCCACAUCACAGUGGUUCAUGACCCUCUGAAAGCAGUGUCUGUCCUGGAACCUGGUGGCCCUGGUGGAUGUGCCAUAUCCCACAGAGAGCUGGUGGAGAACACUGCUAGAAUGAGGAAGUGUGUGAUCGCUCAGAACGGUGGCUUUUUCAACAUGCACAGUGGACAGUGCUAUGGGAACAUUGUGAGUGAUGGCAGACUGGUACAGAACAGCCGAGGACUGCAGACUGCCCAGUUUGGCAUCAGAAAGGAUGGGACACUGGUGUUUGGUUAUCUCUCUGAGGACGACAUUUUGGACAAGGUAAAUCCUUUUGUGCAGCUGGUCAGCGGGGUGGUGUGGCUCCUGAGGGCAGGAGAGGUUUACAUCAACGAAAGCAUGCAGGCUGAAUGUGACCAGACUCAGGAGACAGGAACAUUCCAGCGGUUUGUUGAUGUGACAUCUGCCCGAACAGCAGUGGGCCAUGAUAUGGAGGGCAGACUCAUUCUCUUCCACGUUGAUGGCCAGACAGAUCGCAGAGGUAUGAACCUGUGGGAGGUGGCAGAGUUCCUGAAGAAACAGGGAGUCAUCAAUGCCAUUAAUCUGGACGGAGGCGGCUCCUCCACUUACGUCCUUAAUGGCUCUUUAGCCAGUUUCCCUUCAGAUCACUGUGCUGAGGCGAUGUGGCGGUGCCCGCGAGCUGUCUCCACUGUGCUCUGUAUCCAUGAACGCCAGUGCCAACCUGAGGACUGCAGCCAGCAUGGUGCCUGUGUGGAUGGCCAGUGUGUGUGCCAUCCUGGCUGGGCUGGGCCCACAUGUGCCAAUCUAAUGUGCCAGCUUCCAGCCUGUGGAGACCAUGGUAUCUGCACCCCGGAUGGCUGUGUCUGUGAUGCAGGGUGGAUGGGUGCCAAUUGCAGUCAAGAAUGUACAGAAGGUUUCUAUGGUGAUGGUUGCAAUCAGUCAUGCACUUGUGUAAAUGGAGGGUCCUGUGACUCAGUCCAUGGACGAUGCACCUGUCCAGCUGGUUUUCAAGGAGAUUCCUGUGAGCAAGAAUGUGCACUGGGCUUCUACGGGCUGGACUGUGAACAGCCAUGCCAGUGUGAUGACCUCUGUCUAUGUGAUCGCGUCACAGGCAGUUGCAAUGCCACAACACUCCAUGGCCAGAGGAACAGCAGUCUACAUGCAGCUGGUCACUGCCUGGCCACCCACAUGUGGACAGAAUGGAAAGAGCAGGAGUCUAAAACACCAAGGCCUUAUCUGUCUGAGCAUAGCUGGCUGGUUAUCACCACUGCCUUGGCUGCUCUCUUGCUGGCAAGUCUCAUUGGAAACCUGAUUCAAGUGUGCAGAAAAUACUAUGGACGUGUGCAGCAGCAGUACUCUUACAUGCCUCUAAAAGAGGUGAAUGGCCCCAGGGCUGCGCACACAGCACAGAGGACACAGGCUAGCAAAAGCCUCUUUCAAGAGGACGACUCAGACUCACAAGACUCCUUGUGACCUGAGCAUGGAAUCUGUGUAUGUGUGUGUAUGUGAGUGUGUCAGCCUGCCUGUAUGGAUGGGUCUGUGUAUUUGUGGGUCUGUGGGUGUGUAUUACUAACUAAGAUUAGUGAGAAAUUGUAUGGGUGGCUAAUGUCCUUGCAUGGACCCUUUUUGAGUUGGCUGCCUGUCUGACCUCAUUCUCAGUGGCAUUGUUCUUUAUAAGUCAUACGGGGACAGAGAGAGUUUGAGCUAAACUUUUCAUUCCUACUGAUAAAUUGUUCACAGUGCCCAAACUAAAAGUCUGAGGAACACGAUACUGGAGUGAGCAGACGGGAGUGAGUAGACGGGAGUCAGUACAAGCUGAUCAUUCAAUGGCCAUGACAGUGGUGUGGCUCUGCAUACUUUGGCUCAGACUAAGCACAACAUUCUGUGUUAAUGCAUAGUUAAUUGGCACUCAUUGUUAUAAUUUUUGGAACAUGUUAUGAUGCAGUUUCUUAAAAACAUGCAUCACCACUUUGGCAUGAAUUUUUAUUUGAUACCUUAGAAACUUCCAUUUUGUCUAUCUGGCUUGAAUAUGAAUUGCAGACCUACAAUAUUGUUAGGUCACUUGUAGAGUUCUUCAUGUUCCUAAUGCUGCAUCUGUUGCUAUGGAAGCAGACAAGGGUCGAACUGUAAGUGUUCUAAGAAGGUCUGCUAUAUUGACUUUUUCCCUUUUCCCUUUGAAAACAUGGUCAGCCCAUUUAGCUUUUAUAAUGCUUAUAUAUUACAUGUUGUCUUAAGCAAUUUCCUUGGUUAUACAUUAUAAAAUCAUGCACUGAUUUGCAUUUGUAUACUCUCCAGAGGCAAAACAAGGAAAUUUAAUGAACUUUGAACUUCACACUCAUUUUGUUUGCCAGUGAAUCUGUGAACCAGAGGGAGGGCCCUCCACACAGAAGAAUUGUUAGCUGAUAUGUUGGGGCAUCAAACUUAAAACAAGGAUAAUUGAAUCUUUUCUUGGCUUUUGUGCCUUGUAUUACCUGCUAGCUCAGUACU